UGAGUAGUCUAACUAUCUCUAUGGUGACAGCCCUCUUGAAUCUGAAAUUUCAGCAAAAUGAAGUCGGAUUUUUUUGAAAAGCUAAAAAUGAACUAUUUGUGGCCAGGGCUUUGAAGAAGAGUUAUUAUAAUAAUUUUUUUGCAUAUUGACAACAGUACACAUGGCAGUGGCAGGUAAAAAUGACUUUGCAGUUCUCAACACCGGGCGGAAGAUGCCUCUCCUUGGGCUGGGAACAUGGAAGAGUGAACCUGGCAAGGUUAAACAGGCAGUAAUCUGGGCCUUGCAGGCUGGCUACCGUCACAUCGACUGUGCUGCCAUCUAUGGCAACGAGGUGGAGAUCGGAGAAGCUCUGCAGGAGACACUUGGCCCUGACAAAGCCCUGAGGCGAGAGGAUGUGUUUAUCACCUCCAAGCUGUGGAACACACAGCAUCACCCGGAGGAUGUGGAGCCCGCUCUGCUGAAGACACUGAAGGAGCUGAGGCUGGAGUACCUGGAUCUCUACCUUAUCCACUGGCCCUACGCCUUCCAACAAGGUGACGCUCCUUUCCCCAAGUCGGAGGACGGCACCCUGCUGUACGAUGACAUCGACUACAAGCUGACUUGGGCUGCCAUGGAGAAGCUGGUGGGAAAGGGCCUGGUCAGGGCUAUCGGCAUGUCCAACUUCAACAGCAGACAGAUAGACGACGUUCUCUCUGUAGCCAACAUCAAACCCACUGUGCUUCAGGUGGAAAGCCAUCCGUACCUGGCUCAGGUGGAGUUGCUGGGACACUGUCGGGACAGGGGCCUGGUGAUUACGGCGUACAGCCCACUGGGGUCACCGGAUCGGGCAUGGAAGCAUCCUAACGAGCCUGUCCUCCUGGAUGAAGCAGAAAUCGACACCCUGGCCAAGAAGUACAACAAGUCCCCAGCACAAAUCAUCCUUAGAUGGCAGACACAGCGAGGAGUAGUAACGAUCCCUAAAAGUGUGACGGAGUCUCGGAUCAAAGAGAAUAUUCAGGUAUUUGACUUUACCCUUGACGCAGAAGAGAUGAAGUGUAUAAUGGCAUUGAACAAAGGCUGGCGCUACAUUGUACCAACCAUCACAGUUGAUGGGAAGCCCGUCCCCAGGGAUGCAGGACAUCCACACUAUCCCUUCAGUGACCCCUACUGAGCAAUGCCCUACACUGCUGCCCUCUUUUGUGCCUUGGGAACUCACUCCCCUUCCUCAACCCCCUCCAAGGCUGUGUCCCAAUUCCAUUACAUGUCUUCCUCCUUCCUGACCACAGAUUCCUCCUUCCUGACCACUGAUUUGAUAAGGGGAAAGAGGGCCAUUUAAGGGGAAAGAAGGUUGUGGAAAAUCCAUCUCCUUUCAGAUCAUUGGUCAUGGUGGUGUGGGGUGAUGAGGAAAGGGGUCUUUUUGAGAGUAUUGGGACAUAGCAUGUUCUUCAUAAUAAAAUGUUUUUUGUUACUGCC